UUCAUUAACCGCAUCACCUUCAACCUCCAAAGCGUGGUGGGCGUGGCCAUUGCGUUCGACGUGGUUACGUAAAUCCGCACAUGCGCAGUGUCGGCCCUUACACAGCCCUUUCUAUGCCUAGCGUUGAACGACUAGCAUCAAACGAGCAUCAAGAUGCAGCUCUUCUUGCGUGCCCAGAACACUCACACCCUUGAGGUGACCGGACAGGAGACUGUUGGACAGAUCAAGGCCCAUGUCCAGGAUCUAGAGGGUCUCCUGGUUGAGGAUCAGGUGCUGUUGCUUGCUGGGAGCCCGCUGGAGGAUGAUGCCUCCCUGGCAUCCUGUGGUGUCUCAGAGCACUGCACCCUGGAGGUAGCCGGCAGGCUGCUGGGAGGUAAGGUUCACGGCUCUCUGGCCCGUGCCGGAAAAGUGAGGGGACAGACACCCAAGGUUGACAAGCAGGAGAAGAAGAAAAAGAGGACUGGCCGUGCCAAGCGUCGCAUCCAGUACAACAGGCGCUUUGUGAACGUGGUGCCCACCUUCGGAAAGAAGAAGGGACCCAACGCCAACUCCUAAGUGCUCCAAUGCCCAAAAGGAGAAACCUGAUCAUAUCCCAUCGGUUUUUACAAGUUUAAAUGUUAUCCUGCUGUACAGAAUAAUAAAUUUGGCUUGGACAAAAGAGAA